UACAGAAUUAAAGGCAGGGUGAAUUCUCUAGCGUUUACUCUGAACGCUUCCGUUUUGGACACUCCCUGUUUACAGCUGGAUAUUUCCACAUUUUUGUGACAUUUCUGGAUUAUAUCUCGACAUGUUUCCGACUUGAUCGUGUUCGUGAAUCGUACGAGGCUCGAAGCUGAACCUAGCAAUCUGUUUUUUUGCACUUUAUUAGCUUUGUUAGGUUUAAAUGUCAGAGACGCGCUUCGUCCUGCUGUUUAUCUCUGUUCUUCUAAAUAUUAAAUAAAUAUCGCUUUUUUCCUUAUUAUUAUUAUCAUCCUAGAAUAAUAACAACAACAGUAAUCAUCAGAAUACUCAUUCACCUACUGCUGUUUGUUUUUCUUCUUAUUAUUAUUAUUAUUACUAUUAUACUUAUUAUUAUUAUUAUUACAUAAACAUAUAAACAGCUGAUGACCAACUAACUGUACUUGAACCUUUAAUUUCCUCUUAUUUACAUUAAUAUCAGUGUAAAUUCGCAUGCAUUCUGUAUUUUCCGUCAUUAAGCCCUUCUUGGAGGAGAUAUUUGAUCAGGAAAUUGAUGAACUUGUUUAUUUUUUGCUGCUGUUAUUAAUUAAGUGUUAAUUAAGUGUUAAUUAAGUGUUCAUUCUCAUUAAGACCUCUUAUAAAGUGAAGCUGCUUUUUAAAUGUCGUUUAAAAAAACAUUUUAAAUUCAGUUGCCUACUGAUGUUAAGCAAUUUUAGACGACAAAUUAAUAAAUAAAUAAAAAUAAUAAUCGCCUUCCUGCACCGUUUCCCCUGCGCACGUGCUGUAUCAAAGAAUCAUCCACUUCCUGUAUAUCAGCGCUAAUGGCAGCUCUAGCACUUCCUGUUCCUGUGUUUCCCAUGAGCCCCUGCAGUUUCCUGCUCGUAACCCCUCCAUAGACAUUCCUCCAUUAAAGAGGGAUUCCAUCAACACACCAACCGGCACUUCACAGUGCUGCCCAAUCAGAGUGGCCUGGGAGCCCAGCAUGAGAAUUUGCUUUGGGGCAAUCCAACCACCACCCGCAGCAGCUGUACCAAUUCGAAUCAAGUGAUUAUUGAUGAAAAGGACACUGAAACUCGGACUUCCAGUUCCCCAGAGUCAUUAGAAUGUGUAUUGGAUGCUGACACGUCAGCAGUCGUGAAUAGCAGCAUGAGUAUGGCUACAGGAGCUAGCCAACACAGCCACUACCCAAUCAGCAAAGCCAGUGUUAAUCACUCCUCAAGUAUGUUCUCUAGUCAGGGUGGCCCCAACAGGGGUUGGGCCUCUGAGGGCAAACCUGAUUUGUCCAUGGGUACCAGAGGCCAGUCCAAUUGGGGCUCUUCAAAUAUAAACUUGAACCCCAGCGCUAACCCUGCCGCGUGGCCCGUACUCGGACAUGAUGGCCCAGGGGUGGGGACCAGGCCUGGGGGUAUGGGUGGGUCAAGUUCAGUCCCAUCCAAUGUCUGCGGCCCAGGAGGCGUCGCACCUAUUCAAGGCACCAAUGGAAAUGGAAACCUUGUAGGAGACUGUGCUUGGGGAAACCCAGACACCCCGGAGCAGCACCAGUCCCCAAAAAGCAUGACUUUCAGCAUGGAGCCCCCGAACCUUAAAACUGAUGGAUUGAACACUAAAACAGAGCCAAUGAGCCCUGCUGAUGGUUGGGGGAGAAAUAUGAGUCAGUCACCCACUGAGCCAGCCACUGAAGAUGGUACUGCUCGGUGGGGUAAUGGAGACGCCAAGAGUGGAGAAUCAAAAGACUCAGGCUGGGAUUCUGGUGGCAUCUCCUCUUGGGGACAGGGGGGAGGUGAGGCAAACUGGGGCCAUUGGAGCAAACAGUCAAGCACCGAAGGUACCAGGUGGGAUGCAAAUGAUGGUCCCACUCAGGAGUCAAUGAAUUCCUGGGGGACUGAUGCUCCAGGCAGCGAAGGUAGCAAGGACAGCAGUGAAGGACGUGAAAGUCAGAGAGAAAGGUCCUCCAGUAUGGAUGUUCCACUUCUGCCAAGGCAGGACCUAGAUCCUCGUGUGCUGUGCAACUCCGGCUGGGGACAAACCCCUGUCCGGCAGCAUACAGUCUGGGAAAUGGAUGAAAAUCUUGGCUCCAAGGAUGAGGGUGGCACUGAAGCUUGGGGUACUUCCUCUAAUGCACCUUCAACUGGAUCACCACCUCAUGCAGGAUGUGCCAAUCCCAACCUAAAUGUACCUCCUAGGAUGGACUCUGGGAGCAAGACUGAGGGGCUUUCUCGAGUUAUGCCAACACCACGCUGGGGAGGAUCAUCCUCACCAACAAAUCAAGCAAGCACUGGGUGGGGAGAGCCACCUGCUAAUAAGAAAGUGUCCAAUGGCUCUGUUGGUAGUUGGGGUGAGCCAGUGCCAGAUGGCCCCAGCACCAAUGGUUCUAGUGGCCAGUUUUGGGGAUCAGAGGACAAGUCUUCAACCUGGGAUGAUGGUCCUUCCCAAGUAAAGGCACAACCUGGAGGAAAUGGGCAUAGUUCUUCCUCAGGCUGGGGAAAUUGUGCAAGUGGAGAUUGGGGAGAGCCUUCAGAAGGGAGGAUGGAAGGUUCACGUACUUCCUCUUGGGAUGGAGAUGGAGGGAGCUGGAAGGAAACCCAGAAGGGCUGGGGGAAAGCGGCUCCACCAGGAGGUGAAAAUUGGCGUGACUCGCAACGCCCAAAUGGUCCUGUACAGGGUUGGGGUGGAAAGAAUCCUCAAGAAUCCAUGGGGUCUUGGGGUGGCCCAAACUCUGUGAAGCAGAGUGGUUCUGGCUGGAGGUCUACAGGAAGGCAGGAUCCAGGGGACGAGGCUACAGGCUGGGAAGAGCCUUCCCCUUCCUCAAUCCGAAGGAAAAUGGAGAUUGAUGAUGGAACUGCCACUUGGGGAGAUCCUAAUUCCUACAGAACCUGUGUAAACAUGUGGGACAGAAAUAACCCCUCCUCCCAGGGCAACCCAGCUACCAGCAACAAUGGGGGCAACAGCAUCAACCAUACAGGGCCUAACCACCACAGCCACAGUCAGACUCCGAACCACUCUGACGGCAAAAGCAAUGGUUCUCCUAACCAGCUAGGACCUCCUCAAAAUAGGAUGCCCAAGGUGAACCCAAGCUGGGGGGAGCUCCCCAAUGUUCAGCCCAAAUCUGAGUCCUGGGGGGAACCGGAUUCCUCGAGCCCCACGGUGGAUAACGGCACUGCUGCCUGGGUGAAGUCCCCCAAAGCCGCCGGAGUCUGGGGAGAAAACAGCCACGAAUCCAGUGGAACCUUCGGCAGAGGCUCAGGAACCUCCAAACCAGCCCCCAAAUCUAUGCAAGACAGCUGGGGGUCCGGCGGGGAGGAGAUCAGCGUUAGCAGCAGCCAAUGGGAUGCUGAGGAUGGGGACAUGUGGACUAGCCCCACCUCCCAGGACAACACUUCUUCCUGUAGUUCCUGGAAUCAGCCCAAGAAAGGCCUACAGAAGGGGAAAAUCCCAACCAAACAGGAUGAAGUUUGGAUCAUGAACCGACUGAUCAAGCAGCUCACGGACAUGGGCUUCCCUCGGGAUCCUGCAGAGGAGGCACUGAGAAGUAACAACAUGAAUCUGGACCAGGCUAUGAGCGCUCUGCUGGAGAAAAAGAGCGAUGGAGAAAAGCGAGGGAUGAGGACGCUGUUGUGUCGCCCUCCAAACCUCUCGAAAGACUCGUCACUGGACCGAACCGCCUUCCUGGACAAGGACGGCGGAUUAUCGGAUGACACGCCCACAUCACCCUUUAUUCAUUCUCCUGGCCUCAAACUGACCAAUAGCAGCCUUCCUAGCCACGGCAUGGGCGGAGUCUCACCAGGACUAAUGCAAAACAUGAACAGCAGACAGAUGAAUGGAAUGUUUGGCAGUAAUGGAGCAGCACAAUCCAGGGCUCCGCCCCCUCAAGCACUAAACUCCGCCCAUCAUCCCCCACUACGUGCUCAAGUGCCUCAGUUUCUCUCCCCUCAGGUUCAAGCACAGCUCUUGCAGUUUGCAGCAAAAAACAUUGGCCUGAAUCCUGCACUUUUAACCUCACCGAUAAAUCCUCAACAGAUGACCCUGCUUUACCAACUCCAACAGCUGCAGAUGGCAUAUCAGCGUUUGCAGAUUCAGCAGCAGAUGAUGCAAGCUCAGCGAAAUGUUUCUGGUCCCAUUAGACAACAGGAGCAGCAAGUUGCACGUACAAUCUCGAACAUGCAGCAGCAGAUUCAGCAGCACCAGAGGCAGUUAGCUCAGGCCUUGCUGAUGAAGCAGCAGCAGCAGCAGCAGCAGCACCAGGCCUCGUCCGCUCACUCGUACCCCAGCCUCAGCAAGCCAAACCUGGACACCUUCCCAGGAAACUCCCAGGCUUCUUCAGGCCUCUCCAUGUCAGACCUGCACACCAAAGAGCCGCACACGUCUCCCAGCUCCUUCAGCUCGUAUCCGCUGUCUGGACUGAAUGGGAGUGUGGGUGUGGGCUGCAUGGACGCUCUGAAGGACACUCAGCCCCAGCCUCAGUCUCGGUUAUCCCAGUGGACUCACACCAGCUCCAUCGACUCCAUCAGCACCACCACCAGCCCCAGUGCUCCAUCCUCGAGCCACGCUGCCAACAUUAAACCCGUGAUGGAGGAUUCUUUCAGUCCUUAUAACCUGAUGUCCAGCUGCCAAUCUCCCAGCAGCCCCUUGGGGGCACCAGAGAGCUGGCCACCGGGCAAAAACACUAAGGACAAAAUGGCCAACGGGUCGAACGUCAACUGGCCUCCGGAGUUUUGUCCAGGAGUUCCCUGGAAAGGUCUGCAGAAUAUCGACCCCGAGUCUGACCCCAACGUGACCCCAGGAAGUGUUUCUGGCUGCCCCACAAUCAACACCAACAUUCAGGACGUUAAUCGCUACCUGCUCCGGGACAGGAACGGAGGUAAACUCUUAGACAUGAAGUCCACCUGGUCUACAGGUUCCGUCUCACACACUCAGGCCUCGCUGUCCAAUGAGAUGUGGAAGAUUCCUGUGGGUGGGCGGAGCUCUGGAACAGUGCCACGCCCCCCGCCGGGCCUCACUAAUAACAAACACAACAGCAACUGGACACCUGGACUGCUGAGCAACAGCUGGAGCAGAGACUACUCCUCAGAGAGCACUGGUUGGAAUUCUGAUAGCUCCAGCAGGACCAGUAGCUGGCUUGUGUUGCGUAAUCUCACUCCUCAGAUCGAUGGUUCCACUCUGAGGACUCUGUGUAUGCAGCACGGUCCCCUCAUUACGUUCCACCUCAGUCUGCCGCAGGGGAACGCGCUGGUGCGCUACAGCUCCAAAGAGGAAGCAGCUAAAGCUCAGAAAUCCCUGCACAUGUGCGUUCUGGGUAACACCACCAUCUUGGCGGAGUUUGCCGGAGAGGAGGAAGUGACUCGUUUUUUCUCUCAGGCCCAGUCGUUCCCGCCCUCCGGCAGCUCCACCCACCCCGCCCUGGGUCAGUGGGGCACGUCGACCACUAAGGGGGGCAGUAACCCAGGGGGCGGAGCUAACGGGUCCGGGGCGGAGCUGCUGUGGGGCGGAGUCCAGCAGCCGUACUCCAGUUUAUGGGGGCCGAUCAACGGAGAGGAGAGCCGAGUGAUGGGAAGUCCCGUCCCCGUGAACACGCUGCUCCCCGGAGACCUGCUGAACGGAGAGAACAUGUAGACGCGCGGGAAAGCGAGGGAUUGAAGAAAAAAAAACAACAACGACAACAAAUCAGUGUGAGGAUAAUCACUUUCCCUGGAACUGUUUUUCUUUUAUUUUAUUAGAAAUAGAAACAAAAAAAUUAGAAGUAGAUUUGCAAACUGGAAACGUUUUAUCGAUGUAAAAGAAGUAAGAGCGAACUGAAAGGAAAACCUUGGAUGUUUAAUUUUUUUUUUUUUUUGCUGAAGAAGAAGAAGAAGAAGAAGAAGAAGAGGCAAGGCGGCCAUUUUAAAUCAAGAUUUAAAAAAAAAAAAAAGAAAAACCUCACAGCCUUGCUGUCUCCUCACUACUCCUGCUUUAACCUCUUUACCUUUUCUGUGAUUUUUUCAGAACUUAUCAGCCUUAAGUGUCUCAUUUUUUUACAUUUUUUUUAAAAUAACCUAAAGAACAUUUUAUAACUUCUGUUUCUGAGCCAACGAUUUGGAAGAGGGAAAUGAAAAGGCCAAUCAGAUGCAUUUUCCCUCGGAAUUUUACAAAAAAAAAAAAGCCUGAGGUACACUGACCCUUGUAUUGUAAAAGGAAAAAAAAAAUGUGUGUGUGUGUGUGUGUGUGUGUGUCUACUGGAAGUCGACCAAGCAUUCGUUACGAACCACCGUCAAAAAGAUUCUCGCUGGGAUCCUCGUGUUUCUGUCCUGAACGGAUUUCAGUGAUUUUUUUCCCCAGGAUCCGAGGAAGAAGAAACUCCGUGUCCGUGUGAUGCGUUGUGCAAUAUAUCCGUCAUCAUCAUCAUCAUCAUCAUCAUCAUCUGCUUAUUCUUCCGUCCUCGCUGAAGCUCUUUUUAUACGUUAAACCUGUUCUACAAAGACUUAUGGACUUGCCGGGUUUCUGAUUCGCUGCUCAGCGGCUGUGUCCUAAAUCCACGCACACGUUCUCUCUAAACGGAGAGAUCCGAGAUCACAAGCGGGAAAAACUCGGCUUUCAGGCACAACACCAAAACGAAUCUUUUUCUCCUAAUGCAGUAAAAAAAAAGACUAAUGUUUCUUGGGGGGUUUUAAUAUAAUAUAUGAUAUGAUAUGAUAAGCACUUAUGGACAGAUGGAGUGAUUAGGUAAAGAGGAAAAAAACAAAAACAAAUAAAUAAACAAAGAAGAGACUAUUUUAAAAUUCCGUUUUUUGCCGUCUUUGGAGCGACUUUAAAAAGACUGAAUCUACAAUCAGACUGAAACUCGCAGUACGUUUUUUACACUCAGCGUUUUUUUUUCCACCUCCUUCUUUCUGGAUUAAAUCAAAAUGAAUGUCAUCGUUAUUCCAAACUUGUUUAUGGCCUUCGCUGCGUCCGGGAAAAAAGACCCCGGGAAACAGGGAUUAUUAUCCGGACCAGUUACCGACCGAGAAGUGGUUUGGAAUGCGGCGGUGAAAACAACGUGCCGUGUCAUGUGAUGUCACGGUGUCGGAAUGCUGUGAAGUCACAGCGUUCGAAUGUUGAGAAGUCGAUUAAGGAAUGCUGCGAUGUCGGAGUGUCGAUGCUGUGAUGUAACGGUAUCGGAAUGCUGUGAUGUAACGGUAUCGGAAUGCUGUGAUGUAACAGUGCUAGAUUGGCGUGGUCACGGUGUCGGCAUGACUCCGUGCUAUCGGAAUUCUGUGAUGUCACAGUGUCGGAAUACUUUGGAUGUCACGGUGAUUAACGUUAACGUGGGACCUUAUGUGAUGUCGGAAUGCUGGGGUUUCACCGUGUCGGAAUGCUGCGACGUCACAGUGAUGGACAUUAAUGUUUGAAGUCACAUGAUGCCAUAACAGGGAACAGUGGCAUCGCAACAACGGAACCCUGUGCUGUUACGACGCGGGACGCCUUGUGAUGUCACAACCACGGAACUCAGCGACGUCGCAAUGUUACACAACGACACGGAAUGUCACGUAACGCCUCUCAGCGUUUUCCGUUUCCUCAGAAACUCGAGACCCGCCCAAAGCGGUGCCCUGCUCCCUAUUCCCUACAUGCCCUGAUGCAUUAUGGGUAUCCUGUAACGCUAUGUACACGUCCAGCAUUCAGAGACUCACCUGUUGCAGUGCAUUGUGGGACUUCCUGAGUGCGCCUGCAAAUUAGUGCACUACGUAGUGGAUAGGGAAUGAUUUCGGAAACGGUCGCGGAAUGUGUGUAAUUUUAAAUUUUUUUUUUUUGUGUGUGUCGCUACGACUAAUCAAAGCCAAAUCGACACCUCGCGCAUCUCUGCACCUUCAGCAGGAAACCCAGACUCCCACAAACCUGGAGUCAAAAAAAAAAAAAAAAAAAAAAAAAAAAAGAUUUUAUUUGUUUUUUGUUUUUAUUUUGUUUCAUUUUUUGGUCUGUUUUUUUCCUCGUACUGCACAUUUCUGGAGCCUGUCAGUGUUCAUAUGCACAAACACUUCCUGUCCUGUGUAAUGAAAAAAAAGAAACAAUUUGAAUAAUGAUUGUUCUCUGAUUUGAUGUGAAAAAUCAUUUAUCGUUAUUAUGUGUGUGAAACGUUGUUCCGAAUUCCUUACAGCAGUGUUCGGAAUUUUGUGUGUAUGUGUGUGUGUGUGUGUGUGUGUGUGUGUGUGUGUCCAUUCUCACAGCUGCUAAAUGUCCUCCUCUUCCUCCCUGUUUGCAGCCUCUAUCAUUUUUUCCCCUCCCCUUUAGCGGGUAAAUGAUUAGCGAGAGUUAAUAAUAGCAGCCGUUACUUGAACCACCUGCUCCGAGAAUUCCUCAGCGUUCCGGAAAGGAAUCCGUUUUUCUGUUCUUUUAAUAAUUUUUAGCCGCUAACUUACUCUCGAGCCAGCACAUUAUUUUGUUACUAUGCAAAAUAAGAAAACGCAGACACAUCGACGAGAUCGUGGGCGGUCCUUUAGCAUUAUUUUUACAUUUUUUUGAAGUGCCAAUCGUGAGGUCAGAGGUCAUGUGCACACGACUGUUUCUCUCUGAAUGCUAUCGGAUCAUCAAAAGCAGUGUUAGGAGUGGAGUUAUGCGUCAUUCCGACACUCGUUCAGGGACGUAUAAAAUAAACGAGACAAAACGUAUAAAAAACAAAGGUAAUGAGUUUUUAUCUGGAUUCGUAAAUAAGAAUCGUCUGAUUGUAAUGAAGUAAAAAUCCGAGAAAUAAAAACAGAUCGAUGUUUUGAAAUGCGCUUGGACUUUAAGUUACGGUUCGGAAAAAAAAAAUUCCACGAUGUCCACUUUAUCACGGAUGUAGCCGAUCAGCCGAGACGUGUUCGUUGUUCGGUGUAGUUUGCGUCUUCACCCAUUAGCUGGAGCUACGAAUCUAAAACACACACUGCCAGUUCAGAUUUCUUGAACAUGUGAUUGUUUUUUGUUUUAUUACAAUUUACACUCGAUUAUAAAUUAAAUAAAGAAAAAAAAUUUGUAGCUGUAACACAAAAACACGUUUAUGCACCAAGUGCCUCGUUAAAGUGAUCCAGAUUGGACUUUUCCUUUUAGAUAAAAAAAAUAAAAUAAAAUUGAAAACGUUUAUAAAAAAAAAAACAAAAAAAAAAGUGUUAAUAAUUUCUUAAUAAGUUCACUUAAACCCAUGUCUUACUAAUAAUUUCAAAUUUAAAAUUCUAAUUUUUUAAUUAUAAUUUCUAACUUAUAAUUUUAUUUUUUUUCCUUUAACAAGUGAAUCAUUAGUGAUCCGAAUUAGACUUUUCCAGUUAUACGCUAGAAUUUUUUUCCCAAUAAAAUAAAAAGUAACAAACAUUUCUCAGUUCUAAUUUUAACUUCUAUUUUCUAAUUUUAAAUCCUCCUCUUCCUCCCUGUUUGCAGUUUCUUUCAUGUGAUUUUUUUGUUAGCAAGUAAAUAAUUAGAGUUGUUGAUGAUGAUGAUGAUGAUGAAGGUGAUGAUGAUGAUGAUGAGUAGUGAGAGUUAAUAAUAGCAGCCGUUACUUGAACCACUUGCUCAGGAGAAAUCCUCUGCGUUAUUUUUUUUUGUUUUUAUUUUUUUGCCGCUACUCUCGAUCCAGCACGUUGUUUUGUUACUAUUCAAAAUGAGAGAAAUUCCUAAACAUUAUUUCUUCCUUAGAUUUCCUAAUUCUACAGUUUUUAACUUGAAACCCGGUUUGUAUUUUCCAAUUGCGUUAUUUUAGCAGCGCUCCGUCCCGUUUAGGCUCCACCUCCCGGCGUCAGAAGACAGAAUCGUAGCGGAAACCUGGAAGUGAUGUUUAUUUGAAAUCACGAUACGUAUUUUAUCAUUUUAUUCAUUAUAGCUCUUUCGUUAAUCGCAAUAUUGAAAUAGUCAUUAAUAACCACGAUUAGACACAAUCAGCACUUUAUCAUUUUUGUAAAAAAGAAACAAAUAAAAAAAGAGAGUUCUCAUGGUCUGUAGUUCUCGCUUACUAUACGGGUUCUGCUGUUCUGACACCUUUAACCGCAGAACGUUUUACAGUGUUAAACAACACAAAACUUUUAUUUUCUUAAGAAAUGUGAAUUUUAAAAGUACACGUUUCUUCAAAUGUCAAAAUCUUUGAAAUAGCGUAAGUCACGUCGAGUGUUAAAGUUCUUUGAACGAAAAAUAAUGAAAGAAUGAAUAAGUAAACAAACCACCACAGGAUGUAACUACGUUAAAAUUUUACGAAUGUGGGGCUUUUAAUUUAAUGCACAAUUUAAAAAAUAUAAAAUUCUGACAAUAAGCUAGCUCUAGCUACUUUCACUAAUAUCGCAAUAGAUUAUAUUAAAAUAUUUGAAAAGGCCAAAAUUAUAACACUUAUGAUACGUAACUUGUUGUUUAUUAUAAUUGUUUAGUAUUCAUUUAAUUAAUUAUGAUUUUUAUCAUUCUAAAAUAGUAAAUAAUUUUGCGGCCCUGUUUGACAACCUCAUUUGUAACCAUUUGAUGAAAAUUUGGCUUUAUGUUUAAGGAAAAUACUUAAGAAAAAAAAAACAAAAGAACUCCAGACAUCGGACACGUCCUCGGCUGAUCAACAUUUUGCGUAAAUUUACGAUAUUACUAAAAAAAAAAAUGGCUGAAGUAUCGAGCGAUAAUGAUAGUCCUUUUACAGAGCAGGAACUUGUUCAGUGUGUCGAAAUUUCGCUAAUGGUGCACAGGCUGUGGUUAAAAUCCUGGUACUUUUAUUUUAAAUACCAAAAAAAAAUGAAAUAAAUAAAUAAAUGAAUGAAUAUAGAAAGAAAUAUAAAUAUUUAUAUAGAAGCUACAUCACUGAUGUAAAUGAUGCUGGUGUUGAAAACUUGCUAAUUGUCUCGCUGAUGUUUCCCUCGUGUUAAACGUCGACUGCAUGCAGGAGUGCCUUCUUCUGUAAAAAGAAGUAUUUACGUCGGGCCUGUUUCAAUUCCGUCUGAUCGUCGUCAAGGGGCCCUCCUUCGUCAGCUCUCAGUUCCCUCCGUUUCUAAGGGAAGAUAUUUGAACAGGUACCGUGACGCGUCUUAAAGCGAAGAGAGGCGUCGUCUUUUUCGUUUCUGAGCUCGAAUAAAGCGAACUCGCCGUUGCCUGGGUGUGAAACUGCCUUGUUCCAAUCUCAAAACCACAAGUGGACUAUGUCAAAGUGUGCACUUCUCGUCUCCUCUCCGAAGCCCAGGAAGCUUUCUGAUGACACCAGCAUGAAACAAAUUCCAGCUUCACUCACUCCACAAGCUCGUUUCCGUUAAACCAAAACAUUUCAGCAAAUCUGAAUUUUUUCGCUCCAUUUCAAAAAAAAAACAAAAAACAAAAAAAAAAGACAGACGCAAGCCGAAAUGAGCAAUAUUUACACUCAAAUUCUCUGACGUAAAACAGGAUAAAUAUUUGAUAAAUACUUGAUAAAAUCACCACAAAAAUAUUUUGCACAUGUUGCUUUUACUCUACAAGACAAUAAUGAUGGGCAUUUCGACUCACUUUACUGAUUCAGUUCCUUUAAACUACCUGUUUAAGUGAAUCGAGUUUUGAUUCCUUCACGUGACGCAUGUAUUCGAUAAUUCAAAUAGUUAAAACACACGCUUUCUUAAGAACUUUGAUAAGGUUCUGCUGGUUUUAGUGUGUAAAUAAAAAAAAAAAAAAGAAAAAAAGAAUUGAUUCAUUCGUUAUGUUUGCGGAUCACUUAAAGGAGUCGUUCAGAAGGAAUGAAUCAUUUGGAACGAAUCACCCGUCACUACAAGACACGUUUUUAAUUGUAUUGCUGUUUUUAAUUAUGUCCAAAUCCCAUUGUGGUGUUUUUUUUUUUUAUUUUGUUGACAUUUUCAGACAAAAAUGUCACAAAAAAUGUUUUUUUUUAAUUUUUAAAAAAGUGAUAUAUAUAUAAAACAUAUCAAAACAAACCACAAUACUUGAACCAGAGAUUGCCAAUAAUGUAAUGUGAACCAUUGCUUUGUUUGUAUUUUGUUUUUUUGUUUUUUUUUUGUUUUGUUUUUUUUAUGUUAAUCAAUUUUAAAAAAUGAGCAUUAAUCACUUAAAGAUCUAUAUCAUUAUUUUUAUUUUAAGUUUUGGCAUUUGUAUGUGGGUGUAUUGUACUGUUUAUUUGUUCAAAACUAUUAUUAUUAUUAUUAUUAUUAUUAUUAUUAUUAUUAUUAUUAAUGUAAUCCAGCCUUGCACUGUUUUCUCUUCACUCACUCCCCUAAAAAAGAAAAAAAAGAAGGAAAAAAGAUGAGAGAAGACGAUCCAUGUGUUAAUGUUUACUCAAGGACUUGUCAUAUUUUUUUUUUUUUGUAAAAUUUUUUACAAAAUUAAUGUUUAUCAUGCCGUUCAUUGUUAGCAGGAGUUUUGCACCAUUGAGUUUUAAUGAUUAAGUAUAAAAAGAACAAAAAAAAGAUAAAAAUCUAGGAGAGAAAAGAACAGAAAAAAAUUACUUUUUACGCAACUUGUAAAAAAGUUCGUAAAUCAACUGUGCUUUCAAUUGUUUGUAAUUUGCUAACGAACGUUUUUAUUUACGCAUUAAAAAAAAUCAGAGUGACUCAUUUUCAGCGGUGCCUACUGUUUUCUUUUUUUGUUGUUGUUGUUUUGUAGUUUGUACAAUUUAACUCUUUUUUUGUUUGUUUUUGUUUGUUUUUCUGCGACGUUUACAGCAACCGGUUUAUGUGAGGUUUUGUUCUGAAAAGUAAAUUUACUUAAUUAAAUUUACAAUUUCAUCUUCCAUCAAAAGAGAACGACUUUUUUUUUUUAUUUUUUUUAAACGAAGACGUAUGAUAUUUCCUGAACAGUUUUAUUUGCUUUUUUUUUCAUUGUUGUUGUUGUUGUUGUUGUUAUUAUUAUUAUAUGCCUUUAUGCAUUCGUGUUGAUUCUCAGUUCUGUAAAAGGAGCGAUUUGUGAUUUUUUUUUUUUUUUUUUUUUAAAGCUCGUUUAUAAAACGGACCUGGCUACUUUUCUCAGGAAAGCGAGAGUUCCAGAUUUCCUAAUGUUUCAUUUUUCUAAUGUUUAACGUUAUCAUGAGAAUUAAAAAAAAGAGAGAUAUUAACAGAAAUCCAGCUCUAAGCACUGAAGGAUGUGGAUUUCGGAAUAUCUCGUGUGUUUUAAUCCGUAGCAGAAACCCAUUUACCAAAUAUUAGGCAUGUAUCGAUUUUUUUUCUUAUUUCUCAAGGUGGAGUGCUUUACAUUUAAUAUUUUAUAAUUAUGCAUCGCUUUAUGUUCAGAUGUAGUUUUACGUGUGAAGGUAGUAAAAGGACCUGUGGUUUUUAAGAUACAAUUUUUUUUUUUUUUUUUUUUUUUUUUUUAAAGCAAGGUCCUGUGGAAAGAGACGCUUCCGUUUUCUGUUCGCCUCCUGAUCGCUUUCUGGAAUUUCCACUGCUCUGGAUCAAAACUCUAGAGUUUCUAGUUUUGAGUUUUCAGAAGAAUUUCCAGAACACUGAUUUUGCAAAGUGUGGAACCUUCAGAUUUCUGGAAAAUUGUAAAGAAAAUUCUAGAGCCUCUAGUUUAGGGGAAAACUUGGAAUUUUUCAGAACUUGGACAAUGUAAAAAUGUAGAGAUUCUUGAGGUUGAGUUUUGGAAAAGUGGAAAGCCCAAAGAUUCCCUGUGUUCCAGUUGUGGAAAAAAAUAGAAGGAGAAAUCACUAGACUUAUGUUUUUUGGAAAAGUCUGGAAUUUCUAGAUCUCUCAUUCUGGAAAAGCAAAUACACUAAAGUUUUUACAGUUCUGAUUCUCGAGUUUGGAAAAACAAAGGUUCUGUAGAGCUCUUUUUGAAAUCUUGGAAAGCCUGGAGUUUGUAGAGCUCUAGAUUUCUGGAAAACUAGAAACACCUUCAAAACUCUUAGGUUUCUAGUUUUGAAAAUUUUCCAGUGUUUAAUUUUGAAGAGGUAAAAAUUUUUACGGCUCUAAUUUUGGGAAAUGUGGAAGAUUUUCUGGUCUUGAAAGGUGUAGAGUUUCUAGAGCCUGUAGUUUUGGAAAACCGUGGACAUUUAUACUUCUAGUUCUAGAAGAAGAGGGAAAGCCUGAGAGUCACUCUGUAUUCUCAUUUUGGAAAAGAGGCGACCUGAGAGUUUUUAGAUUUUUAAUUUUAGAAAGCCGGGGAAUUUCUGGAAGCGCUAGAUUUUAGGAAAAACCAUAAAAACCUUGAAAGCUCUAUCGUAGUUUUAGAUCAUUUAUAGGAGUUUUAAAUAGUCUGGAAUCUGUAGAUCUCUGGUUUAAGCGUUAGAGAUCCUAGAGCUUUAGACAUUCCUGAGUAUCAGAACCAAAAUAAAUUUAAAAACCGUUCUAGAGCUGCGAUUUUGGAAAGUCUGGAGUUUGGAGAGCUGUGGAAUUUUUUUCUCUCAAAUUAGAAAGUUUCCAAAGCUGUUGUUUUGAAAAGUGUGGAAUUUCCUGAGUCUUAAAGAUGAAACCUAGAAAUUCUAGAGUUCUGAUUUUGUAAAUCCAGAAGGUCUGGUUGUUUUUAGAGCUGUGGUUUUGGAAGAAGAGAGCGCGCGGAGGCGAACGUGAAUCAUCAUGGAAAGGAUUGUGAAUCUAUGCACAAACUGGAGGGGGAAUAAAGUCCAGAUCUGACAUUAAGGGUGAGGGUGGGAAUCGUUUCACUGUAAUGAGUCUAGAUGUAGAAUUUCCUCUGUAUUUGAAGAUAUUUUUUUUCCUCACUGAUUAAACUAAGCACUGUGGACUUUCCUGGAAGAGUCUAAGACCUUCAGGGGGGUGUGGACUCUCCGAGACGGGGAUUUACAUUGCUGUCUUUUGUUUAUAAAUGUUAAAAAUCAUGGCUGUACCGGGAUUCAGAAAUGUUUCUGGCUUUUAAACGCGCCUCGUUCUCCUUGUAGAAUGUGAUUGUUCAUGACUUGCACCAGAGAAACGAUCUUUCCAUGAGGUAUGAGGAUUUUCUCUGCCUGUAUUAAUAAAAAGUGACGAUUUUGUCUCGAA